AUGGAACACAAGGCAAUUCUCAAGGAGGAAGAGUUCUUAGCCAGCGCUGGAGAAAGAGCGGCUCUGGACCAAACCAUGCUGUCGACAGUGGAGUCCUUUGAAAUCAUGGAUCCAAAGCCCACGAAGAGAAAAGGGGUGAAGUGCUUCAUGGUCAUGGUGGUCACCUACCUGCUUCUGCUCUCCGGGGGCGCCGCGUUGCUGGUGAUGAGAGUUCUGAACCUGCAGGAGCAGCUCAGGGCCCUGGAGAGCCACCUGUACAAUGGAACAGCGGCCCCCGAGGACAGCUCGUUCUUCGCCUCUCUCCUGGUGGAGCGCACCCCUCGCCUGCCUGCAGGGGUUCUGAGGCUGCAGGACCUGCAGGCCCAGCUCAGCCAGGUCCACGCCCAGCAGGAGCAGCUGCUGUGGCAGGUGGACAACUUCACUCGGAGCCCAGAGCUCUUCCAGAUCAAAGGCGAACGAGGCGCUCCAGGCUCCCCGGGGCUCCAAGGCCCGCCAGGCGCGAGGGGACAGGCGGGCCUCCAAGGACCCCCGGGUGCUCCAGGGAAGCAAGGAGCCACUGGCACCCCAGGGCCUCGAGGAGAGAAGGGCAGCAAAGGCGACGGGGGACCGCUCGGCCUGAAAGGGGAAACUGGGGCUAAGGGAGACAAAGGAGACCUCGGCCUGCCAGGAAGCAAGGGGAACAUGGGCGUGAAAGGAGACAUGGGGGUCGUGGGACCCCCCGGAGCCCAGGGGAGUAAAGGUGACGCGGGGAAACCAGGCCCUCCAGGUGUGGCCGGAAUUCCUGGAAUCAAAGGAGAUCAAGGACCACCUGGAGCCCAGGGGCUUCAAGGCCCUCAGGGUGCAGCAGGAUCCCCAGGUGCCAAGGGUGAGCCUGGCAGCGCUGGCGCCACGGGGCCAAUAGGACCACCAGGGGUGCCCGGGAGUCCAGGAGCCGAAGGCAGGAAAGGAAGCAAGGGCGACACAGGACUUCAAGGACAGAAAGGAACAAAAGGAGAAUCAGGAGUCCCAGGACCUGCAGGCAUGAAGGGAGAAAGGGGCAGCCCAGGCCUGGCAGGACCCAAGGGUGCAUCUGGACCAAGUGGCCAAAAGGGAGACCCAGGAAUGAAAGGAUCUUCUGGGCCACAGGGAGCAAAGGGAGAAAAAGGUCAAAAAGGUGACUUGAUGUCAGCUGUCAGGAUUGUCGGCUCUGCAAAGCGAGGCCGAGCUGAAAUUCAUUACAGCGGUAUCUGGGGGACAAUCUGCGAUGAUGGCUGGGACAAUUCGGACGCCACUGUCUUUUGCCGCAUGCUUGGUUACACUGCGGGAAGGGCCCUUUUCAAUAUGCAACCUGGCUCUGGGACCAUCUGGCUGGAUGAUGUUUCAUGUCGAGGGACAGAGACAUCCCUGUGGAACUGCAACAAGAGUAAUUGGGGCAGUCACAAUUGCAACCACAAUGAGGACGCUGGUGUGGAGUGCAGCUGA